CUGGGAAUGGUGCUGGACCAAAAUGUCCUCUACACACGCGUCAUCAUACCGCGACAUUUUAGCUGAUACUUCCGUGCAAAAUUUAAAAUUGCAAUUAAGUAAACUAAAAAGGCCGUAUCGGCAUGUGUUGCAAUGUUAAUAUUUCAUCAUUGAUAUAUAAACUAUCAGACUGCGUGGUCGCUAGUAGUGGCUUUCAGUAGGCCUUUAAGGAGGCGAUUGAACUCAGGAAGCGGCCCAAGGAUGAGAGUAUUCUUGCCCUGCAUACCUGGGACUCCCUCCUCCAACCAGGGGUCUGCCUGCUUGGCCACGCCUACAAGAACAGCUGCUAGGCAACACGUCACAGUGGUCAGGUGACCCUUCUGAAGAAGACCGCAGAUGACAGUCAGAAUCCAAGGACGCUUAUUUGUGAUACCGCCGGGACUCUUGACUCCCUUUUUGCGGAAAGAUCCGGUCCACGCCUCACAUCCCUUCUUCGGCUCGACUGAAACCACAAACCCUGCAGGAAGAAGGCGGUGCUCUUAUCAGCGCCGGGUCGCCGUCGGUAGCCGAGUCCAGUUUCCCAAAUUCCUCAGUAAACUCACCAAGACGUCACCGGUAUCCAUGACGAUGACGUCUGUUUUGUCUUACUGCCGUGCUACAGACAUCGUUUGGAAUUAAGUGGUAAUUAAAUAAAGUGAUGUCCAGACCUGCUCCAUCCCCAAUCUACACCCUGAGGGGUACAGGGGGACCCAUCAACACCCUUCACUUCAGUUGCCAUGGAGAGGACACCCCUCUCCUCUUCUCUGGAUCAGGGAAAGGUGCCAUCCAUAUGUGGAAUCUCAGCAACAGGAGGGCAGAGAAAAUUGUGGACGGUCAUUCUGGGAGUUCUGUCAUCUGGGUCAACACACUAUCAUCCCCGGACACGCUUAUUAGUCAGGGGAGAGACAUGAGGGUCUGUAUUUGGGACCUGGGCCGAGGUCGUGGUGAGAUUGUGGACUCUCUGAGUACAGGCAGCGUUGGAUUCUGUCAGUGCUCCUUGCUCGAGACGGGACCGAGGACUUGCCUGCUUGCCUUUGCAGGACAGCAAACUGAGGAGAUCAAUAUUGUUGAGCUGCCCAGUAAGGCUCCAGUGUGCACCUUGGUACCCGAUGCCAAGUUGGGGAUGGUCAUGUGUGUCAAGAUGUGGCAGCCACACUCCGGUACCGGGCCUGUCCUGCUGGCUGGGUACGAGGAUGGAUCUCUGCUGUUGUGGGACAUAACCCAGAAGUCCACCUUGAGUCAAACCAAAGCUCACAACGAGCCGCUCAUGUGCCUGACCUUCGACCCCGAAGUACUGAGAGGCAUAUCGGGGUCUUCCGAGAACCAGCUCUGUUCCUGGAUCCUGGACGGGCAGAACAGCUUGCAGAUCCAAGACCGUCUGACUCUUACGAACCCUGGCGUCUCCCAGCUUUGCAUCCGAGGAGACGGUAAACUGUUGGCCUCCGCGGGCUGGGACCAUCGAGUGCGGAUAUUUGGCUGGAAAAAACUGCGACCUCUGGCAGUCCUGCAGUACCACAGCGACCUGGUGCUCAGCGUUGCCUUCUCGGACCACAAGGAUCCCAGGCAAGGGCUUCUCGCUGCCGGAUCUAAAGACCAAAGGAUCAGCCUGUGGUCCAUAUACAACCAGGGAGCCAACACUUAAGUCACCUUUUUCUACUCUGAACGAGCUUUUGAAAAAUGUUGUGCUAUCUCAAGUGUGACAGAGAUCCUUGAAUCCCUGAAGGUGAACUUUUAGAACACAGGUGUCAAACUCAAGCCUCGCGGGCUAAAUCUGGACCGCUACGUAAUUUUUUUGUGGCCCCACGGGCGCUAAUUAAUUUAAAGCCUCUUCCCAGUCCGGCGUUUACCAAAGGCAUCCGGUAAAUUAAGGCCUGCGCUUAUAAAUUUGAGUGUGAUGUAAGGAUACCAUCAUGAAAACCACAUUUAAUAAAAAAAAACGUUAUUAUGGUCUUACCUUUACUUAUAAAUGAAGUCCAUGCGCAGCUCCUUCUGAUCAAAAGCAUCGAUAACCUAUUUAUAGAAGUCUUCCUUAUCUUUCUUCAGUUUUAAAAGUCUCUCUGUCUCGAUGAAGAUCUUCCUUUAUUACCUCCUGCUUCGAUUGAAAGUCCAGUUUAGAAAACGGUUUUAUUUUAGAUAUGUAAUCCUCCAUGUUAAAAGUGCAAGCGAGAGCAAUAAAUAAACGAUCGCUGCUUGUUGUCACUUCUUCUGCAGCCGAGUAGUCGCAAGAAGGAUCACUAGCGCCCUCUACCACCAGAAGGCGGGAGUCAUUUAAUAACUCAUAUUUGACACACGCAGCUACGGUAUAUUAAUAAAACAUAGCUGCUUACUGUUCUUUUUAACAUAUUCAAUAGCUUGGAACUUGAAUCCUACUGAAUAGCUCUUAAUCUUCUUCCCUUUAUGCCAUUUCAAAUGAUUGAAAUCAGCCUCCUCCAUUUUGAAAAUGAUGACAGGUGAAGUGUCACUCGUGACGUGACGAGUUUGACCCUGUGGAAAUUCUAGGCAUAUGCUACUUAUUUUGCGAAACGAGUUUGACCCGGCAGUAAUUUUAGGCAGGCGCAUACUAUAUACCCGGCGGCAAUUCAAGUAAAUACGGUAAUUAUAAAAGCCGACAUAACAUUUCUGGGUCAAAGGCUACAAUAUCGUGGUUUGUCUUUACUCCACAAUUUCCAAACGGUCGACAGUUUAUGCAGGACAUUAAAAAAAAAAAACAUUAAACUGUUCCACCUUUAAGCUUUGUUUUUAUAUCCAUGGACUUUUUUUUUUUUUUUUAAGAAGGUAGUUUGCCAAAGCCAGAUUGAAACUAUGUGAUUGUUUACUCGCCAUCAAAUGGGAGAUUCGCCCCAGUGGACUUGAAUGUGAGGACUAGGACGCACCUGAGCGGCUACGUAAUCCUGCCUUGUUAUUUCAGCAGGUUUUGGCUCAACACAGACGCUGCGGAUCCAACACAUCAAAACACCACUGUUGGCUCAGAUAUCAGACUUCAUCUUGAUAAUAAAUUAAUAUUUUGUUUCACAUUUA